AAUAACUAAAAAUUAAACAGCUAAUAAAAUCAUAAAUACAUAGAUGUAGAUUACCAGCUUACUAAACUGCCACCUAUGAAGCGUUGAUAAAAAGGCGACUUUUAAUUACGUAAUUUAAAUGACUGGACAUGGGUUGUCUACUGUGCCAUCGAGCAGAAGGAUCUUAUAAGAUGACCUUGGGGCCCUGGGGACUAGAAUGUGCAUGGGUGGAUUGGGACAGAAUUGUUUUGGCAUUCCUGGAGUGAUCAACGAAAUGGAGAAUCGAAAGCGGAAGAAGCAUCAGGCCAAUCUAUUCUCUCCUGAGGCCAUAAGAUCUCAUUUGUCUGCCAAAAAAAGGUAGAAGCCGAUAUAGAUAGUCAUGUGGAAUUUCUUCGCAGAGUUGACCUCAACGCAGUGGACAACCUCAAGGAAGAUGAAGCACUCGCGAUAUUGUCGGCCAAGCUCACUUUGAAUGGACUGUCAGUCUUGAAGUUGGCCAUGAAUCAUGUACCAUGUACGUACACGAUGCAUUGCAGGGAAUUUGAAGGCUUUCCUUUACGUACUGUUUUAAUCCAUAACAUUGUCACUGCCUGUUGUAGCUCUCGUUCCCUUGAUUCGCUCGCCAAUGUUCAUCUGUAUGUCAGUUUCCUUGAAAAGUAUUGUACGGAAUUCCUCUGUAGUCCCGAGGUUCUACCGCACGACAAACUUUGGAAGCUAUGUGAAAACGGUGGAUACCGUUACACCAAAUUUUUGUCACCUCCAACAAAAUCUUGCCUAAACUGUGGGGAAGGCAUCACGAUGCACAACCCACGCUCGAAAGCCAAAUUGUUCACCCUUCAAGGCCCUAUUCCUGCAUCGAAAAUCACUCUUGAGUGCAAAGGUUGCAAAAUAAGCUAUGGGAUAACACAAUUCACGGAUAGUACAGGAGCCCAUUUCUAUCCAAAUUCAAUAUCAAGUCAUGUGAUACAGAUGACAAACACCUCAUGCAUGACUCAAGAGUUGUACAGGUGGAUACCUUCUCUCAGCAAGCAUUCUUGGGUUUCUUUUAGUGGCUUUUCAGAGUCGUACAAUGAAGUGUACUUUAAAGAGAUUGACAGGUUUUCAAACACGCUGUCUGUUGACAAAGAUGACUCUGAAGAUGAUGAAAAGGAUGACCCUGAGAGUUCUUCUACCGGAGUGAUGAUCACUGGUGAACUGACAGCUAAGUUCGCUGCUAAAAGCUACUGGAAGAAGGAACUGGAGGAAGAGCUUAAUGACUUGGGAAUACAAGAAAAGUGGUCUUUCAACAAGACUAGUGCAUUACCUUAUUCUGGAAGUGAAGAGGAUGCAAUGGAAUAUGUGGAAAGCAGACGUUCUGAGCAGUUGUAUGCUCACACUUGCUCUAAACUUUGCUCAGAUAAAGACUGCUGUUUGAGUGAAUUAUCUUGGAAUGUUUAUGAUUCCCAUUUAGCCAAUAAUCUCAGUGGACUCUUCGUGUAUUGCCAAGACACUGAAAGCACUGUGGAUACAACUCUUCACUGUACUUUACCUUCUUCUUAUUCAAGAUACUAUGAAGAACAGUAUAAAUGCACAUUAAAGCUUCUAUAUGUAUGUUACAUUCAUGUAUGCUCCACACCCAACUUGUCAUGGUAUGCACAAGCUCAGCUUAUUUCCAACAACAAUGGAUGUUACUCUAAAUAUGCUACUACAGACAGCUUUUGGAAAUCAAUGAGUGUGGUGUAAAAUUUCCUCUAAAGAGGGAUUCCAGAACGUUAUGGAAGUCACUUUAAAUAUGCUGGAUAAGUCAUGUGGAAAAAGAUCACAACUUGCAAUCAUCUGCUUUGUCUCAAAGCAAGAAUGACCACAAAUGGUACUCUGAAUAUAACAAAUGAAAAACAACAACAACAACAACAACUGACAUAAGGCAAUACAGAUGGCUAUUUACAAACUUUACAAGGGAGUUGAACUUGGGUCUGCCUAAACUACUCAGCCAUACUGAUUUAUGUGAGAAUUUUGUGAUGUGGUCCACAGUCCAAGAACUGUUACUGGGCAUAGUGGUCUGUGUCAUUUGUAAACAGCAAGUAGUACUUCACUUGACAGAGACUGCCAAUAGCGUGGCCUGUGAGGAACACUGGAAUAGUCUUAAGCUAGUUUACAUAGUUCUCCAUGAAAGCGUGGUAAUUAUCUAUCACAGGUGUUGUAAAAGUUUGCUGUUAUCCAUUAAAGCAUUGGAGUAAAAAAUACAAGUUUGAGUUGAAAUACAUGUAAGUGAUGUCAAAUUUUUUUUCUCUGUUGAGUGUACACACUGAAAAUAAUAACACAACAGGAAUGACUAUUAAUCAAGGUUUCUACAGUAUCCACCCACAUUUGUUGAGGGCAAGGCCUAAGCUGUCUAGGGGACCACACGUCACCUAUGUAAAUGACUGGAUUAACUGCUGUACAUUACUGAGCUGUCAUUAAGGCCCAUAACCCACACACCCCUUAUGUCUGAGUAUGCUUGAUGGGCCUUAAUUUUGCGGCUGAACUUGCUUGUUGUUGAUACAAUUCACCCAAAAACCAACAAGUUCAUUAAGGGUGUGAAGAUCCAGACAGCAGAUGACUCCGCUUAAUGACAGCACUGAAGUACACUCUGCACUAUCGGAGAUUGUCUCACUAGUUUGUAUUAAUUCUUUUAUUUUUUCACUUUUGCUUUUCCUCACUUUGGCCUUCUACUGGGCUUGCUUUUAGUUCCAGAAUUCCCAAGAAAGUAUCAUCGAAACGACAAAUUCGUACCAUGGAGUAGCCAAGGGAUGAAGAAGGAAAUUUUCCCCCGAGUUUUUCACUCAAAUUUCCAAGCGUUUUUCUACAUAUUUCAAGCUCAAUUAGCACAAUCACUCUGAUUUGGGUAUCACUGGAAAGAUCUCUUCCUCCUGCAGAUCUUGAGUAUGAGAGGUGCCUUUUCAUGUAAACACUCGGAGAGGAUGGCUCCGGUGAUGGCCAGGCAAGGACAGCAAGGGGUAAUUCUCCUACCAGGGUCAACUUUUCUCCAUAUAUAUAUAGGCCCUCAGUUAAACUAAUUCCACCCCAUGGUAGGUAGUACAAAGUGUUCGUUAUCAGUUGUACUUAAUAUUCAAGUACAGUUUAUUUCAUGAUUGCUUGAAAUUGAAACUAACAUCGCAUUUUAUUUGCUAAGAAUACAGUAAUUUUCAGAACAGUGUAAAACAGUUUAAAGGUCUCAAAUCAAAAUGAGGCAUAGUAUUGUAUAAGUCAUCCUGUACGCAACAUAUACUAACCAAUUGUCAAAGACCGCACAAUAAUCACUCACCAAUUACAAUAAUUUCAAGUUUGUAUUAACUAUAGAUGUUUUUGAAAUUGUUGCUCAUUAUGUUGACACUACAAGUAACACUAUCAAACUGUAUUUUCAAGUGGAAAAGGUAUUGUGCAAAUAUUUGGUGACUGCAUUUGGUUCACUGAACUUGGCCAAAUAUUCCAGAAUAAUAGCUAUUAGUCUCUUAUGUAGCCUUUUGUUCUAUUUCACAUAAGCAGGAUGCUUAUUUUAGAGGGGGAGUGGUGUUCCGUCUACACUUAGCCAGCUAAAAUCAAAUCAUAACAGAGGUAAUAAAGUUGUCAAAGUAAUACUGCGACUGAAGUACUUUUUUGGUACGUGUUCUCAAACCAGACGUAACAACUUAGUAAGCUUUUAGCAUUUAUCUGUGCACUAAAACAAGACUUGAAACAAGGUCUGAGAGCAAAAAACGAUGCAAAGCGAGCAAUCAGCGGUCAGCAGUUUUUCGACUGCGUGACAGCAGGUCAUCUUUUCUCUCAAAAUUUGACAGCGAACAAGAGGGUCCCCUAUACCUCUUCUGAAAACAGUUUCACGCAAAAUUGGCCUUUUCAUGCAUCACAAAAAAUUCGAAAAACAGCUUCACAUUCACAGAAAAAAGUAAGCAAUCACGUUUCACGCGAAAAUGCAAAUUCUAUUCUCGUUUCGCAAAACAUACAAAUACAAUCAUUACAAAAAUGUAUCUGGCAAUACUGAAAUGUACCACAGUAGAUAUAGCUGCACAUGGCCAUAUUUUGAUAAUUUCAGACUCUCUCAUUGUCAGCAAGUCUAGAUCUCUUGUGGAUUAGGGUAUUAUGCAUGUACAGUGGAACCCCGUUAAGACAGACACCAAGGGGACAUGCCAAAGUGUCCGUAUUAUCGGGGUGUCCGUAUUGAGCCGUAUU